GGGUGUGUGGUAUAUUUCGAUGAUUCACUACGUUCACACUGCGCACAAUUGAAUUCUGUGGCUAUCGGUACGGAAGAAAUUUUAGUUCGUUUUAAAUAUGCAAUUGUUAUGAAUAACACAAGUUGAGCAAAUAAAAGACGGCAAUUCCCAGCAGCGCGAUUUGUUUUUUUAGCUCGGUGCUGCAGUGCAAUGUAAAGUAUAUAGAGGAAAAUAUUUACACAUGCGCAUUAACCGAUUAAUGUUCUGUGUAAAUGGUUUUAUUUUUUUUUUUUUUGUAUUUUUUGUUACCCAUAUGAGAGAGAAUUAAAUGGUUGUGCUAAUGAUUCAUUUACAAAGGAAUCACAAACCGAACACAGCCCAGAAAUUGUGAAUCAAAUGGGCAGUAAUUACCCCGCUUGAGAGGAGUAUGAUAAAGACGGCGACGGUGAUGACGAUGUUGAUGAUGAUGAGAUGGUGUUGAUGAUGAUGAUGAUAUGAUGACUCUUCGGGUCGUGUAUGUAUGAAGAAAAGAACCGAAUGAAUUUUUUUGUGUUCGGCUCGUUUGGCAAAAAGGGCUUAGCCUAAAGUUUGUGUGUGGUGUGCGGCUCAUAUAAAUCGCUUGUGUUUUAGAUAGAUGUUGAUGUACAAGAGGGUGCAGCAUAUUCCUAUAUAUAUACCAAUGUACAUAAAGUAUAUAUACGGUGUUACAAUUCAUAAGUAACUUGUACUUUCAUACAACUCGAAAUAUCCUAAAAAUGUCUGCGCAUAUGUAAGAAAGUCAGUCGCCCGGCGAUUUCAAAGAGCAAUAUGUACAUAUGUACAGUGGCUCACAGCUUAAUUCGUCCAGAGUUUAGCACGGAAAACCCCACACAGUCACAAAAGUUAACGUAUCUCCUCAGUUAAACGCAUUCUUAUCAUUGCUAUAUGUGGCUUUUAUUAAAUCGAAUUCCACUCGAAGUUAAAUAUAGACUAAGACUCGCAUUUGCUGAACAGAGAUCAUAAGCCUAACAAUGGCGGACCUAAUACAUUUGGGAAACAUUGAUGUUGUCAUCCAGAAAGAUAAGCCCGGAUCGCCAACGGGCUGUUCGGAUGAUGGGAAUCUUGCGGGGCUGGGUGGCAUGACCGGAUUGGGUGGCAUAAUGGCACCUGGCGGCAUCGACUUGGGUGACUUGGCUCAGGAAUUGGAUCACGAUGAAUUCGAUGGACCACAUAUGCUGAAUGGUGAACGUCCAGCGAUUAUUGCUCCUCCGGAAAGCGAAUGGUACCAUGGACGACUCGAUCGCUACUCUGCAGAGUCUCGCCUACGCGGAAGCAGUAAACUGGGCAGCUAUUUAGUUCGCGAAAGUGACCGCAAACCUGGCUCCUAUGUUCUGAGUUAUUAUGGCCGCACCGGCAUAAAUCAUUUUCGGAUUACAGCUGUGUGCGGAGACUUCUAUAUCGGAGGACGACAAUUCAUUUCCUUAAGCGACUUGGUUGGUUACUAUACCUCAUGUAGUGAUCUACUGAAACGCGAACGCUUGGCCAUACCAGUUGCUCCGCCGGAGCCAGUUAAUGAUAAGAAACGCGUCGUAGCCAUCCUGCCUUACACAAAAAUGCCAGAGACCGAUGAACUGAGUUUCCAGAAAGGUGAUAUCUUUUUUGUACACAAUGACAUGGGCGAUGGCUGGUUGUGGGUGACUGCCCAUCGUACGGGCGAGCAGGGAAUGAUAUUCAGAGAACUUGUUGACGAUCUGGAUGUAUCUAUCGAUCCAAAUACGGUGUUUCCCUGGUUCCAUCCCAACUGCACCAAAAACGAAGCCGUCGAUAUGUUGGUUAAAGCUGGACCAGGAAGUUUCCUCGUUCGCCCAAGUGACAACUCACCGGGGGAUUACUCUCUAUUCUUUCAUAUAAACAAUCAAAUCCAACGCUUUCGUAUUGAAAAGAAAGGCGUGCGCUAUUUAAUGGGCGGUCGUACAUUCGAAUGCUUGGAUGCGGUUAUAAAUCGAUAUCGCAAAGAGCAAAUUGUGGAGGGCCACUCACUGAACCAUCCAGUUGUCAAUGGCAUUCAGCCCGAGUUCAAUCAGCAAUAUGUUGUGGAAAAGGCCGCUGAAAAGAUCUACGCAACAUUGCGCGAGUGUCGUGACCAAAUCGGUCUCAAAAAGAUCAAGGGAAUCAAACAUCACGGCCAUUUGAACAAGAAGUCGGACAAAACGACGAAAUGGAAGCAACUCUAUUUCGCUUUAAUCAACGAUGGUUCCGAGACGCAACUAUGCUUCUACGACAAUCCGAAGAAGACCAAACCGAAGGGUCUGAUCGAUUUGUCCUGUGCUUACCUCUAUCAAUGUCACGAUUCGCUGUGGGAGCGUCCCUAUUGCUUCCAAAUUGUCGAAAGGGCCCUGCCAUGCUUGGCCACAGUGACGUAUCUGUGUGCUCCUAGUCAGGAAAGCUACGUGGAGUGGAUUAAUUCGCUCAAGGCACAAUGCGAUUCCCAGCUGAGUCGUGCCCAGAAGAAGGUAUCACGCCUUCGUGAGCUUCGUUGUCUUAAUCUGCAUGUGCUGGAAGCUCAUCGAUUACCAUUUAAACUAGUGCCACAUCCAUACUGCAGUAUUUCCCUCAAUCAAGUCAAAGUGGGCAAAACUCGUGUCAAAAUUGCACCCGAACCCGUUUGGGAAGAGGAGUUUGUGCUAGACGAUGUUCCGCCAGAUGUUGUCUCCCUAACCAUAACAUUAAUAUCGCGCGGCAAACGCGGUAAGGACUCCGAAGUGGCUGAGCUAACCAUUGACUUGUCUAGUCUAAAGAAUGGCCAGGAAACCGAGGGCUGGUACCAACUCACUGGCAUGACGCCGAUGGGUGAAUGGGGCUCGCUACGAUUGCGUAUGCGCUACCUCGACGAUCUGAUAAUGCCGUGUGAAGAGUACAGUCCUCUGCAGCAAUUGCUCCUCGAAUCGGAGCUGUAUGCUGUGAAGGCGCUGGCUGAAUUGUGCCAUAAUGAUCGGGUUCCUUUGGCCACGGCUCUGUUGCGAGUCUUUAGGCAGGAGAAACGGGAAACGGAACUAAUUCGAAUGCUGUGCCAAGCGGAGGUGACGCGCGAAAACGAAACCACAACGCUUUUCCGUGGCGCAUCCUUGGCCACCACCCUAAUGGAUCUAUAUAUGCGCACCGAAUGCAGCGGCUUCCUGCAAUCGGCCGUCAGCGAAACCGUGCAGCGCAUUUUGGAGAGCAAGCAGUCGGCUGAAUUGAAUCCCACGAAAAUGGACGUCAACGAUGAUGCCUGUACGAAUGCCGAGUUUCUAUUGCAAAUCCUCGAUCUGGUCACCCAGUCGAUAUUCACUUCACCGGACGCCUGUCCACGCAACGUGCGUUUCAUUUGCAGCUGUCUUCAGAAGGCUGUGAUGGCCAAAUGGCCGACAGAGCGGCUCGUUCGCACACGCGUCGUCUCUGGCUUUAUAUUCUUGCGCCUUCUGUGCCCAGCGCUGCUCAAUCCACGCCAAUUUGGAUUGGUCAGCGAGACGCCACCGAUGGCAGCAACACGAUCUUUGGUCAUGGUCGCCAAGUGUCUGCAGAAUCUGGCCAACUUGAUUGAAUUCGGCGGCAAGGAACAAUACAUGGAGGUUGUCAAUCCGUUUAUCUUGAAGAACAAGGAGCGUAUGAUUGUUUUCUUGGAUCAACUGUCCUCGGUGAACGAUCCGAACCAACCGCUUGGAAUGUUUGUCGAACAAAGUACAAAUCUGAAUUCACAAGACACUGGACGCGAGCUGGCUACCUUGCAUCACAUCUGCGUAUCUCAUUCGCAAGAACUGCACGAGCUAUCCAACAUACUUUCAAUUAAGAAGCUGGUCACAGUGACGGACAUGCUGACCAAACACAAGCUGAAGUAUCGCGAGAUGAUCAGCUAAAAUCAAUUGCGAGGAGAGCGGAUAAUAAAAAAAAGCGAUGUCUUCUUAUCUACAAGUCCCUUCAUACCUUUUUAUAAAAAUAUUUAUAUGUGUAUACUAUUAGAAUACAUAAAAUAAGAACUCAAAAUAACUGGUUGAAUUGUAUUGGAAUAGUAAACAGCAUCUCAUUUAUAAAAUUAUUUAUAUGGAAAUGAAAUAAUAUUUAACAGACCGGUAUGCAUUUAUUUAUUAUUAUUAUUACAAAUUAAAAAUAACCUAUAAUACACUAGCUUACACGGAUUACUCCGUAUAGCCGCAAACUCAGAUAUUCAAAAUGGUUUUGCUUUCGAUAUUGUUUAAAAUUUAUUAGUGCAUUACCAACGUCAAAUGGCAGUUGGCGUCCAAAUGCACGGCAUUUAUCCAAAAGUCAAUACAUUUUUUUUUGAAAUAACGCAUAAAAUCGAAAUAAAUUAAAGAAUUCAAAAAGAGUGCAAAAGACUUCCUCUG